AAACGCUUAGCCACCGCUGACGUAUGUACGAUUUGUGUUUACAUUUGUUUUGACUGUUAAUCUGAUAACCAGUAUUAUCGGUACCAUUUCACUUCGUCAAAAUCAUCCAACACACUCGGUUGCCUUACGCACAGUUUUAGUUUAUUUAUUGUAGUUCAGUUGUUUCAAUCAAAAAAUGUCUGCGAUUUCUGUAGAAAAAUUACAAUGGAAAGAGAAACCAUUGUAUGUGCCGAGUUUGAGUGAAAUGGUAACUGCACUGUCAACGGGUUUAAGUGAAAACUUUGCGGAGGUGUCAGUUGAAGAAGUGGAAUGUCCGGAUUUAACAGCAGCACCAUUUCAUUUGGCUUCGAGCGGUUUGUCGGGCAGUGCGACGAUCGUUGAUGUUGGUGGUCCACCGUUUCUAUUGCCACUUGUUGAUCGCACAAAAAUCUAUGAUUUAGUUGAUAUUGCACACAAGGUUUUGCCAAACGCAAAAGAUGUUUAUCUAUGUGGUGCCGGCGCCGGUCCGCAUCCGUUAAUUGGCUCAAAUUGUGAGGGUAUAUUCAAUUUGAAGGUCAAUGAAGAUGGUUCCGUUGUGAAUGAAACUCAUAUUGCUCGUGUUACGCCCGGCGAUGAAUUGUGCGACACCCAAAAGGUGCCACACAAUGAAACAAAAUUCGCUCUUAUGGCCAAUUUGUACGUGUCAGAGGGUCAGAAAGGAAAGGUACUUCAUGUGAAAUGUAAAAAACGUUUGCGAGCAGAUAAUUUUAUUACCGCUUGUCAGAAUGCGGUUAAGAGAGCAUUUGCCGAUAAGCACGUCGGUGUCGGCGGUGUUUUUAUUUUGAAAAAUGGCAAUGCCCAUCAGCAUGUGAUGCGUGAUUUUUCAAAAAUACCAUUGCAUACCAAUGAAGAUGUUAAUAAUUGGCUUAAGUUUUACGAAAUGCCCGGAAUAUUGAUUGCUUUGGGCACAUUCGUAUCGGACGACAUGGAUUUGGAUUUGCGAUUGCAGCACUUCCAUAGCUUUUCAAAGAGUAAUUGGGGCGGACAUUAUCAUUACGAUACGACACCAAAUACCAUUGAAUAUGAAGCCUAUUUCAAUGUUGGCCAACGCAUCAUUCGUAUUGAUCCACCUGUUGUCACUCAUCAAGUGGGAAGGGAUUAAAUUUCAAAACAUUCCAUCUAUCUUACUUUGUACACAUACUCGUUUAAAGUCAAUACGACUUCAGUAACGCGUAUUAGAACAAUUCACGCUUCGUGUAUACUCGGCACAUCAUCGCUGCUUUACGGAAUAUCAGCCGUUGAGUUCACUGCGAACUGUCGUGCAUCUAAUGCAUGUGUUUGUAUCACAGCUAUACACAGUCAAAGAAAGUUCGCACAAAAGAGAAUGAACCAUUUACAUAUGACUACUUGAUGUUUUUGACCAUGUCGCAGUGAAUUCUACUGCUGAUAUUCGCCUAAGUAGCGAAGAUGUGCCGAGUGUACACGAAGCGUGAAUUCUUCUAAUAGGGGUAGUUAAAGUCGUAUUGGCUUUAAACGAGUAAUAGAAAUCUACGUACGUUAAAUCACCUCUGUUUGUUCUGCUUGACUUUAAAAUAAAAAUAAAUAGACUCUUUUUGAAACAA